AUGGCGGCCGUGGCUGCGGAGGCGGCGGCGACUGCGGCGGCCCCCGGGGACGGGGGCGCCGGCGAGGCCGAGCCCGAGAUGGAGCCCACGCCGGGCAGCGAGGCGGGCAGCGACGCGCUGCCCGGCACCGCCACGGCGGCCUCGGUGCCGGAUGCGGAGCCCGACGCUCGGCCGCCCGCGCCUUCGCCUUCGCCGCGGGACGACGCGCCGGAGCAGCCGCCGCCGCCGCCGCCGCCAGGGGAGCGCGCUCGCAGCCCGGCGCCGGAUCGGGCGCCGGGCUGCGAGCCCGCUCCCCUGGCGGCGGCGGCGGCGGCCGUGGCGCCCCCGAGCGUGGAGGCGCCGGAGCGGGCGCUCGCCUCGGCCUCCGUGUCGGUGGCGGGCUCGAUCGCGGCUCCUCCCGCGGCUCCUCCCGCGGCCCCGGCCCCGCAGGAGCGCCCCGAGCCCGGCCCCGCGCCCGCCGGGGACCCGCGCCUGCUGCCCGGCGCCGAGGUGCGCGUCACGCUGGACCACAUCAUCGAGGACGCGCUCGUCGUGUCCUUCCGCCGCGGGGGCCGCCUCUUCUCCGGCGUCCUCAUGGACCUCUCCAAAAGGUUUGGGCCCCAUGGGAUCCCCGUGACAGUAUUUCCCAAAAGGGAAUAUAAGGAUAAACCUGAAGCCAUGCAGCUCCAAAGUCAUACAUUCCAAGAUGGGACGGAGGUUAAGUGUGAAGUCAAUGGUGCUGUCCCCGAUGACCCUUCUCCCAUCUCGCCUCCUGAGCCCAGCCUGGCCGAGAGCCUGUGGACUUCCAAACCACCACCUCUCUUCCACGAAGGAGCACCGUACCCUCCCCCACUGUUUAUCAGGGACACAUAUAACCAAUCAAUACCUCAGCCACCUCCUCGGAAAAUCAAGCGGCCCAAGAGAAAAAUGUACAGGGAAGAACCUACUUCAAUAAUGAACGCGAUUAAACUGCGGCCUAGGCAAGUCCUCUGUGACAAGUGCAAAAACAGUGUUGUUGCAGAAAAAAAGGAAGUCAGGAAAGGUAGUAGUAGUGCGAGUGACUCUUCGAAAUACGAAGAUAAAAAGCGGAGACACGAAAGUGUGACUACUGUCAACAAAAAACUGAAAACUGACCCUAAAGUUGAUGGGAAAAACCAAAAUGAAGGCCAGAAAAGAAACGCUGUGGUCAAGGUUUCCAAUAUUGCCAACAGCAGAGGCCGAGUUGUGAAGGUUUCUGCUCAGGCGAAUACAUCAAAAGCUCAGUUGAGUACUAAAAAGGUGCUUCAGAGUAAGAACAUGGAUCACGCAAAAGCUCGAGAAGUGUUGAAAAUCGCCAAAGAAAAGGCACAGAAGAAGCAGAGUGAAACCUCGACGUCCAAAAACGCACAUUCAAAGGUCCAUUUUACGCGUCGCUAUCAGAAUCCCAGCUCAGGUUCGUUGCCGCCCCGAGUCCGUUUAAAACCGCAACGGUACCGCAACGAGGAGAACGACUCUUCUCUGAAGACGGGACUUGAGAAAAUGCGCAGCAGCAAGAUGGCACCCAAGCCCCCGUCCCGCUGCACCUCUACCCGCUCAGCAGCACAAAGACAUUAGCAGGCUGCUGGUUUCCUGUACCACAUCCACAUCCCAGAGAACACCAGAACUUCAGGACUGAAGGCAGUUGGAGAUUGAUUCUUAAAGUUUCACUAGAGGUUAAAACUAACAGUCUGUACAGCUGCACUUGCAGAUUGUGCUAUAUGAAACUGAAAAAAGGUAUUAGGGGAAUAUUUUAUAUAAAAACUAUUGCAAUAAAUUAUGCAUGAGAGGAGAAGUGAUGAUAUGCAUAAAGAACUCGCUUGAAUUCUAUGUUUGAAGAAUCAAUGACUUACCGGUAAGAACAAAGAACAUGAAAGUUCUUACCAGUAGUUUGGACAGGCCUUAAAGGCAUGGGAUGGUGGCAGAAAUGUGGAAUGAUUUUUCAUAUUAAAAUUUUGUUUUCUCCAGGGUUUCUGUUAAUCAGUUCAGAUGUGAGCAAAAGGUGUUUUCUUAAUUGGCCGUUUGCCUAGGAGCCAACAGAAAAGAAAGGCUAAGUGGCGUCCCACAAAGACAAUGUGGCCCUUUUCUGUCCUGAAGCAGGGUUGUGCUACCCUGACUAUAUGUUUGCUUGUUAGAACAUGUUAAGAUGUAUUUAUUUGCCACCAGUAUUGAACGUUUUGUGCACAUUUUCAUAACUACAUUCAUCCCUGGAUGACAGGCUUGAGUUGAUCUCGGAGUGACCAUGCUCACUCCUAGCAGCUGGCUUAAUUUACUAUGCUACAGAACUUUCCUUGGUCUCCCUGCCCUCCCUGUUUUCUUCUACUUCAGAAAAUGUGACAGUGCCAGUUUGGUGUGGGUGUCUGUCAGAGACCCCACCCCCACCCUAAAGUUUAGUAAGCACUUCUCCCACAUGUCAGGUGGAACAGGCCCCUAGUGACAGCGUCCAGUUUCACGCAUGGGUUAUGAGCUCUCGUUCAUGGCGAUCAUAAUGUUUUCCUUGUCUUUGGAAAGUGUUAUGAAUAAAUCCUUUUUUGUAACGAAUGGAGAAAAUCAGAUGGACCUGUUAGUACAUUUUUGAGGCAUUUUUAUACUUGUUGAUGCCGUACUUUUAAUAAUAAAACUGAAAUUUUUUAGUGGCAAUAUUGAUUUAUUUUUUAAACCAGAAAGAUAACCCAUAUUGAUUACUUAAUACAAAAAACAUGGGAAAAUGCCAAAAAAAUUUACAAGAUUCAUUUUAAGUAACUUAACAGCUAAGAGCACCUGGAAGUUGAACCAAGUGCCCAGAUUUCUAUAAUCUUACUGUUACAGAUUUGGAAUUCCUCAGCCCCAUACUCAGGAUUAGCAGAAGGUUCUGGGUGAGAGCUUUAGAACACUCAUCGAUCCCAAUCUGGGAUUGAGUUCUUUUAAAACCCCAAAAGAUAAGGUAGGCAGUUUUGCUUUUU